AUGGAACCACAACCCCAAAAAGAGACAUCGUCGCUACAACCUCACGCGUCCAUCGUGAGGGUAGCUGCGAAAGCUCUAGUUGACAAGAAUAUCCCUGUGGUGGAGUACGGGCAGCAGGUACAGUGGCGCCGUGGAGACCCUGUGGCUCUUCUAAUGGGGAAACACAAUGUGGUGAUCAUUCGGCUGCCGAAGGGGGAGUAUGGUAUAGCCGCCGCGGCCAGUUCUGCGGGAGAUAUGGUACGCACCUUUCCCAAUAUCAGGAUUGGCCUUAUGCUCAGCGAUAUUGUGGUUAGUGCACCUCACAAUGAAAAGGGUGGUUUGUUUCAGUAUGACUUUGGGAAAACUAUACAAGACCAGGAAUUUCGGUCCACAGGGUUCCUAGAUCAACCUCCUGGUCUGCUUCGUGCCGCAAUGGGUGACAUUGAAGCUAAGAGUUGUGAAGCAGUGUGUGGAGAUGAUGAAUCGAAGUUGAUCGUACGGCCUGACCGAAACGAUGAAGAGGACAACCUAGCGAUUCAUUAUGGCUUGAUUGCAUCUGCGAACCAGCUGAUGAAGGAUGCCUUGGUCCGAGACAGGCUUUUUGCUGAGAAGGAUGUUCUCUGCUUCGAAAUGGAAGCUGCAGGUCUGAUGAAUCAUUUCCCCUGUGUUGUUACACGGGGUAUCUGUGACUACUCCGACUCGCACAAGAAUAAAGAAUGGCAAGGAUAUGCGGCAAUGGCUGCGGCUGCCUAUACUAAAGACCUCCUCUCUCACAUUCCGCCAAAUAAGGUUGAAGUGGAGAAGAAGAUCAGUGGCAUACUUUUUGUUGGUUAG